CGUUCCCUUAUCGGUUCUACUCGUCCUCUGAUGAUCUGUUGUACUAACAGUACGAUACCCUUGUAUGUACUAAUGCUGAUGUAUGGUUAUAAACUCAAUUGAUAGUACACAUGACAUUGUUUUUUACCUGCAAUUUUAUCUAAAGCCGGUUCGCAAACAGCAGUCGAUAAUGAGAAGUACGGCACACAACACGGACGUCAUAAUUUUACAUUUAUAAUACAUACUCGAACAUAAUAAUAUUUGUACGGUUUCAAUAGCGUCACGUCCGUGUCCGUUUGUGUUAGAAACGAAAAUAACGUAAUUUGUGAGACUAGGUCAAUUUUAAAUCUACACAACAUGUUGCGCGUUGCAACUCGACGCUGCAACCUUAGGCCGAACUUUGAUUCAAAAUCUGCUCGUGGUAAACAUGGAGGAACAUCAAUUCCAUACGACCGUCUGCAAGUUGGAGUACCUAAAGAAAUAUGGCAAAACGAAAAGAGAGUGGCUCUGGUACCUACAUCGGUUGAAUUGCUCUCUAAAAACGGAAUGAAUGUAACUGUUGAACAGGAUGCUGGAUCUGGCGCCAAGUUUAGAGACCACGAUUACGAAACAGCCGGAGCCCAGAUUAAAACUAAACAGGAAAUAUUCCAAUCAGAUGUUAUUUUAAAAGUUAGGUAUCCAGUACCUGCGGAGAUACCUCUUUUUAAAGACGAGUCGACAUUGAUAUCUUUUUUCUAUCCUGGACAAAAUCAAGACCUAAUUAAUGAAUUGAAAAAAAAACGCAUGAAUGUUUUCGCUAUGGACUGUAUACCUAGAAUAUCAAGAGCUCAAAUUUUUGACGCUCUAAGCUCUAUGUCAAAUGUUGCUGGUUAUCGAGCUGUUAUUGAAGCUGCAAAUUAUUAUCCAAAAUUUUUAGCUGGACAAAUUACUGCUGCUGGUAAAUUACCACCAGCUAAGGUGUUCGUAAUUGGUGGAGGUGUAGCUGGUCUUGCUGCAAUUGCUCAAGCCAGAAACAUGGGAGCUAUUGUGAGAGCUUUUGAUACACGAUCUGCAGUAAAAGAACACGUUGAAUCAUUGGGCGCGCAAUUUCUAACUGUUCCAAUAAAGGAAGAAGGUUCUACAGCUGGUGGCUAUAGCAAAGAGAUGUCUAAAGAAUUCAUCGAAGCAGAGAUGACACUAUUCGCCAAACAGCUUAAAGAAGUGGACAUAGUUAUUACAACGGCUCUAAUUCCGGGAAAACCUGCACCAAAAUUAAUAUUAAAGGAGCAUAUUGAAGGAAUGAAACCUGGUAGCGUCGUUGUUGAUUUAGCAGCAGAAGCAGGAGGCAAUAUCGAGACUACACGUGUUGGAGAAAUUUACUCGUAUAAAGACGUUUUACAUAUUGGGUUAACUGAUUUACCAUCAAAACUACCGUCUCAAAGUUCUUCUUUAUAUUCUAAUAACAUAACUAAAUUUCUAUUGUCAUUGGGAAGUAAUAAACAAUUUUCUAUCAAUUUGGAUGACGAAGUAGUAAGAGGAAGUAUAAUUCUGAAUAAAGGAGAAAUGAUGUGGCCACCACCUCCACUUAAAGUGGAAUCUACAAAAGAAAAAUCUGUCAUUACAAAAGAUAUUCCUGAAGUAUCUAAAAAUUAUCUUCAAAAACAUUUAAAUAAUUCAUUAGCUGUAACUUCUGGCCUCGGAAGUCUUUUGGUAUUAGGAGCUGUGUCUCCUAAUCAUUAUUUCUCUAUGAUGGCUUCAACAUUUUCUCUUGCUGGUAUAACUGGAUAUUACACAGUAUGGGGAGUUACACCAGCAUUACAUUCGCCUCUAAUGUCUGUCACAAACGCUAUAUCUGGUAUUACAGCUGUAGGUGGUUUACUACUAAUGGGUGGAACUUAUUAUCCAACAAAUGCAGUAGAAGGACUAGCCGCCACAGCAGCACUUUUGUCUUUUAUAAAUGUAUUCGGAGGAUUCGUUGUUACUCAACGUAUGUUAGAAAUGUUUAAAAGACCUGGAGACCCACCUGAAUAUAAUUCGUUAUACUUAAUUCCUGCAUCAGUAUUUCUUGGAAGUUAUGCAUGGGGAGCUAUGAAUAAAUUACCGGAAAUUCACAAUUUUGCUUCAUUAGGGUCAUCAUUAUGUUGUAUUACCGCUCUUGCUGCUUUAAGUUCACAAAAAACUGCGAGAUUUGGUAACAAUCUGGGGAUGAUUGGUGUUAGUGGAGGUAUUGCAUCAACACUAGGCUACAUCUCACCAUCCUCUGAAAUAUUAACUCAAAUGAUAGCUUGUACAGUAUUUGGAGGAGCAUUAGGUUCAAUAGUAGCAAAACGUAUUGAAAUAACUGAUUUACCUCAACUUGUUGCUGGAUUUCACAGUCUUGUUGGACUUGCUGCUGUGUUUACUUGUUUGGCAACAUUUUUACAUGAUUUUCCGUCAUUUGCUACCGAUCCCACAGCAAAUGUUAUAAAAACAUCAUUAUUUUUAGGAUGUUCAAUUGGUGGUAUCACAUUUAGUGGAUCAUUGAUUGCUUAUGGAAAAUUACAAGGUAUCCUUAAUUCAGCUCCAUUGUUACUUCCUGGUAGGCAUGCUAUAAAUGCCAGUCUUUUGGCUGGAAAUGUAGCUUCCAUGGCGUAUUUUUUUUAUGAUCCAUCAAUGGUUGCUGGAUUGACUUCAUUGUCAUCUGCAACUGCUUUCUCGGCGGCUCUUGGAUUAUCGCUGACAUCAUCAAUCGGUGGUGCCGAUAUGCCAGUGGUAAUAACCGUGUUGAAUAGUUAUUCAGGGUGGGCAUUAUGCGCUGAAGGAUUUAUGUUGAAUAAUAAUUUGAUGACUAUUGUCGGUGCACUGAUUGGUUCAUCUGGUGCUAUUUUAUCCUAUAUUAUGUGUAAGGCAAUGAAUCGUUCUCUAACUAAUGUAAUAUUGGGAGGUUUUGGAACUAAACCUUCUAAAAUUAAUGGACAAGACGCUAUUGCAGGAACACAUACCGAAGCAUCUGUUGAUCAAGUUGCGGACCUGAUGAUGAAUUCUAAAGAUAUAAUUAUUACUCCUGGUUAUGGAUUAUGUGUUGCCAAAGCACAGUAUCCAUUAGCUGAGUUAAUAUCGAUAUUAAAAAGUAGUGGUAAAACUGUACGUUUUGGAAUACAUCCGGUCGCAGGUCGCAUGCCAGGACAAUUAAAUGUACUUUUAGCGGAAGCUGGUAUACCUUAUGAAGACAUGCUAGAAAUGGAUGAAAUAAAUGAUGAUUUCCCCAAAACCGACUUGGUGCUUGUAGUUGGAGCCAAUGACAUCGUUAAUUCCGGCGCCGAAGACGAUCCUGAAUCGGUAAUCGCGGGCAUGCCUGUAUUAAGAGUGUGGAAAGCAAACCAGGUUAUUGUAAUGAAACGAUCUCUUGGUUAUGGAUAUGCGGCAGUAGAAAAUCCUAUAUUUUAUAAACCUAAUACUAGUAUGUUGUUGGGGGAUGCAAAAACGACAUGUGAACAGUUGUUAUCUAAAAUCAAAGAAAGUACAUUAUAGGUUAUCAAUUUUCAAUUUCUUUUUUUUCGACAUGAUUUUUUAUUGUUUUUAACUUAAACGAUUUUUUGUAAUUUUAUUUUUUAUGCUCAUUUUGUAUUAUUUCAAUUGUGUUUUUUUAUAAUAACAAAAAUGAUUAAUUGUAUUUUUUGUAUCAAUUUAAAUCAGUGAGAUUAUUGAUUUCUUAUUUUUUUACUUUAACGA